AUGCAGUUGAUCAGCUCCCUCAUCUGUCUCUCCCUCUCCGCCUCCGUGGCCCAAAGCGCCAUCGCCAUUGGCAAUCAAAUAAGAGAAGGAGGAACGCACUACAAUGUGGCGUGGAUCGAGGGCAUCAACCCAUGCCAAGCCGACGUCGCCAUCGGACCCGAGAGCGGCCGCGAGUGCAACAAGAACUUCCGACUUGACGGCACCGACUACUAUCUCGUCGGAUGUACCGAUCCCAACACGGGCUACGCGCAGAAUCCGCAGAGGCUGAGGCGGGUCAAGGAUGAUUCGCUGUAUGGAACCUGUGCGCCGGUGAAGAAGAAGGAGAUUGACUGCAAGGGGUCGACUCACAAUGUGGUGAAGCGGUAUCUGUGUGGCUAG